CUCCAGACCCAAGCUUGCAAGCAGCGCAUCCAUGGAUCCUCUCACCGCCGAGCUCUCGCCGAGCCUCGCCGGGUGGAAGAGAGUAUGCGAGGACCAGCUCGCAAGGACUCUCCCGAUGCAGAUCUUUGUUAGAACGCUCUAUUGCAAAACCAUCACUCUUGAUGUUCAGAGUUCAGAUACUAUCGACAAUGUCAAGGUUAAGAUUCAUGAAAAAGAGGGAAUCGCUCUAGACAAGCAACGCCUCAUGUUUGAUGGCACGCAUCUGGAGGAUGGACGCACCUUGGCCGACUACGACGUCCAAAAGGAGUCUACCCUUCAUCUUGCCCCCCAUCUGGAUGGAGGGAUCGAGAUUUCCGUGGAGACCCUCAAUGGAAACAUGAUAAACCUCAAGGUGGAUUCAUAUGAUACCAUCCAUGAUGUUAAGGCGAAAAUUCAGGAUCAACACCGCCUACUCUUUGAGGGGAAGCAACUUGAGGACGGCCGUACUCUGGCCUAUUAUGACAUCCGGAAUGGAUCCAAUCUCGACCUCGUCCUGUGCCUCCGACCUGGGCUGAUGCAGAUCUUCAUCCAGCAACUUACAGGAAAGACUUUUGUGCUUAAGGUUGAGAGCUCCGAUACCAUCUACGAUGUCAAGGAGAAGAUUCACCAGGUGGAGGGCAUACCUGUAAGACUCCAACGGCUCCUCUUUACUGCGAGGGACAAGCAGGAUAGGCCCACUACACAUCAGAAGGACAUGCAAGAUAGGCUCACUCUUGCGGACUGCAAGAUCAAGGAUAACUCCACCCUUAAGCUUGUCCUCCGCCUCCUGUCGUGUAUGGAGAUCUUUGUCAAGACACUCACGGGCAAGACCAUCACCCUUGAAGUUGAGAGCUCCGAUACCAUCAAGACUGUCAAGGCUAAGAUUCAUGCCAAUUGGAGAUUCCCUCUAGACCAGCAAGACCUCACAUUUGCUGGCAAGCAGCUCGAGGAUGGACGCACCCUGGCUGACUACGAUAUCCAAAAGGAGAGUACCCUUCAUCUUGCACCCCGUUCCGGCAUAGAGAUGUCAAUUUUUGUGGAGACGCUCGAUGGCAAAGAGAUGCACCUCAGGGUCAAUCCAUCAGAUACCAUCCAUGCUGUCAAGGCACGGAUUCAGGAUCGCAAUCGCCUUAUACUGGACGGGGAGCAACUGGAGGACGACAGUACAUUGGCUGAUUAUAGCAUCCAGGAGCAUUCCACUCUUAAGCUUCGUCCCGGCCUCCGAAAGAAGAUGAAAAUAUUCAUCAAGGCACUGAAUAGUCCUUUCUUUGUAUAUGGCUCGAAUACUAUCAACAACGUGAAGGCCAUGAUCAAAGAUUUGUAUGGCAUUGAUCCAGACAAGCAGCGCCUCAUGUUUAACGACAAGGAGCUGGAGGGUGGUCGCACUUUUGCCUAUUAUGACAUUCGGAAUGGAUCCACUCUUGACCUUGUCCUCUGCGAGCGAUCUGGAUUGAUGGAAAUCUACAUCAAGGGUUGGAUUGGACAGACCAUUGUGCUUAAGGUUGCGAGCUCGGAUACCGUCCGCAGUCUCAAGGAGAAGAUUGAACAGGCAGAGGGCAUUCCCCUUGCAGACCAGCGCGUCAUCUUUGCUGGGAAGCAGCUCGAGGAUGGCAGACUGGCGGACUACAAUGUCAGUGAGAAAAACUUAUUACAGACUCAUAGAGUAUCUAACCAAGAUUGCAUUCCUUCUCUAAGACUAGGCUUAGCUCUAUGCAUUGUCAGGAAAAUCCAGGGAAAAUCUUUGCUGCGCUUCCUCAAUCAUUUGAUAUAG